UUUAAGAACGCCGUAGAUGCCGGUAAGGUAAAUGCGUUUUUAACGCGGCCGUUUUACAACACAAACGGCAGUGUUUCUUAAGCACUUCCGGUUAAGACCAGCACAACUUCCGGAUGUUAACGGCAUCAGCUGUUGUCGUCAAGAUGGCGAAUAACCUGACAGAAUUGGAGGUUCCACUUGUACUUGAGCCGGCUGGGGACCGAGGGAAAGGUGUAUUAAGGCGAUGCAGAGGGAGACCCAGGCUGACGGAGUCAGACCGAGCACAGCGACGUCUUGAAUCCCGAAAGAAAUACGACAUUCGGAGGGUUUACUUGGGGGAGUCGCACAAGCUCUGGAGUGAGCUCCGAAGGCGCACAAGUCUGAGUGAUGCUGGGCUGGCAGCGUAUUUAAUCGUGCUUCAUUCCACAUUUGGAGAGAAAUAUCAACAGAAGCACUCAAAGAAAACCAUUACCCUAGAGGGGACAUUGGAUUCAGCGCCUGAGAGAAAAGUUAAGAGGGAGCGUGAGUCGAGUCUCCAUAGUCUGGUGUGUUGGUACCAGGAGCACUUGCGUUCCUGCCCUCAUGAGCCCCAACUCAGGGCUCUGGAGCCCCAGCCCAACUUGUCGACUGCCGCCAUCUGGCAAUGUGACUCCGACCAUUCCUUUGUGCAACACCUUUUCUUCCCCCUGAGUGAGACGAGUGACUCUGAGCAGGAGGAGAGAGAAAACGGAGAAAACGGCGAUGGUGAAAAUGCUGCAAAAAGAGACUUAGUGGUGCCGAAAAGGUUAUCAAGCCGGAAGAGAAAAGCAAAUUGUCUGUUAAAAGAUUUAGGAGAAACAACAGUGCUUUCUGAGGUUCAGCACACAACCGCAAACGAGCUGGAACAUGGCGAAGAAGCCGUAACACCGCAUGCAAGUGUGGAGAGCUCCUCCGAUGAUGUCUCCCUGACUGUCCCGCCUGUGUGGGAGAUGGUACUGGAGCGACCACGUGGCUCCCCUGAGCCGAUCUUUCACCCCCUCACCUCGGAAGAGGAGAUCGAGGACGCUCGGCGAAGCCAAGAUGGAAGUGCGACCGAGGAGCCUGGUGAAGCGCAAGAACCCGAAAUUGGGUGUGAUUAUGAGUGUGUCAUUGUGGGAACAUCUUUUGCUGAAAAACCGGGUAACGUGGAUGAGGACUUAGGCGAUUCGGUCCCACCCUCCCAUCCAGAGCUGUUGGUCUCAUCUCCCGUUCGGGCACAAGAGAAAGGGCAGCUUUUUGACCCACACGUUUUGCGGACGGUGGUAACGAACUGCGAGAUUCCUAACCAACAGACGCCUUUAGAAGGCUCACAGCUAAUUAUCAUAACUGGCCCCAGCUAUGAGGCUCUCGCGUCGGACGGAAUUCAGCUCAGCGUGGGCGCUGGGAAUGCGACGCAAGACACCUGCGCUGUCAUCAGGGACAUCCCCUACCACCAAGAGCCUGAAUCAAAACUCCAAGCAACAGAGGACGAAGACCGCAUGACAGAAUUAAGUGACAAGCACCCGCUAGAACCCACUGUUGACGCUCCGGACCACGAGUUGCAGAGGAGUCUGGGCAGAUCAAAGAGAAGCAGGCGAGGCCCAGUUGUUGAGGCUGACGGGAUGCUCAAGAUGUUCCAUUGCCCGUACGAGGGCUGCAGUCAAGUGUACGUCGCCGUGAGCAGCUUCCAGAAUCAUGUGAACCUAGUUCACAGGAAAGGCAGGACCAAAGUUUGCCCUCACCCAGGCUGUGGAAAAAAAUUCUACCUGUCCAACCACCUCCAUCGCCACAUGAUCAUCCACUCAGGGGUGCGGGAUUUCAUCUGUGAGACGUGUGGGAAAUCGUUUAAGCGCAAGAAUCACCUGGAAGUUCACCGACGGACUCACACGGGAGAAACACCUUUACAAUGCGAAAUCUGCGGCUACCAGUGUCGUCAGCGUGCGUCCCUUAACUGGCACAUGAAGAAACACACCCCGGAGGCCCACUACAACUACACCUGCGAGUUCUGCGACAAACGCUUUGAGAAGUUGGACAGUGUUAAAUUUCACAAGUUGAAGAGCCACCCAGAGAAGCUCUCCUCCUGAGAUCUUCAAUCUGGCGACAAAGCAAGAGGACUCUUGAGCAAGUAUUUGUUUGUGACGUUCACUUCAACAGCUGUGCAGGUCACAGCAAAUUGCAACCCGCCGGGCCCAGAAAUUGAAGCUCUUCCAAAUGUUUUUUUUAAACUACCCUUAAUGUAAGCCCCCCCCCCCAGCCCCCUUCAGCUUAAUUUAUUCUUAUUUUUUUAACAUAUGGCAACAUGAUUAUAAAACACCUAAUGUUGUGAAAAAAAGGUUCCUUCUACUUCCAAGUCUGAAGUUAUGUUUUUUUUUACUAUUUGUUAAUAUUUAUAAAAUACAUUGACAUAAAAAGAAGCGCAACUGGCAUUUUUGCACUUCUCACGCAGAAAAUAGCAAUGGACCCUUGUAUGUUUCGCCAGGAUUGACGUCACUUAAGGUCAUGUUUCUAAUGAUGAGGAAACUUUGUCAAAGAUGCGGGGAACUACUUUGCACUUAGUUUUGAUAAAACCACCUUGAACGCAGGUGUCAUUCCACCAAAUGCCUCCGUUAUUGCCCAAGCAAAGGGACAUUUGUGAUGGAUUUACUUUCAUCUUUGUUCACAAGUAAACGUCGUGUAACGCUUUCUCAGGAAAUAACGGUGUCUCCUUGUGUCACUGUUCCAAGCCGACUGGACGGUGUGUUUUCUUUCCUAAGCAAAUGCACUUUUUCGUCCCUGACAGGCCUCUCCGCUGAUGAAUCAUUAAAAUCCGUGGCCUCCAUUCACACAGAAACCAUUCUUUCACCAAAUGACAUUUGCCGAGCAUCGGUGCUUAAUAGUGUGCAACGGGCCCACUUGCGUAAAGUGCUCGCCUCGAGUGUUUGUGAUCAAGUGUGGGUGUGGACAAAAGCCACGGCACGUAGUCAUGCGGUGACUGAUACCCAACCUUUCGCUAGGCAUAGCUUUCAAGAGGCUACUGGGAAUACUGCCUGCGUGUGUUGCUCACGGCGCCCACCCCACUCGUCAACAACUUCAACAUGUCAAAUCGAUGAUGAGCAAUGAAAUGCAUUCGUUUCCCUCAACUAUUAAUCAUUGAUAUCAUUUUCGGUUGAGUCAGUUCUUGAAGUCAUCGUGCAAGUGAAAUAUGUUGCCCGAGUAUGAAGCGCGUUGCACUCUUGAGACCCCACGUCCACAUUUGUUUUCAUUAUUCAUCCACGAAUUACACAAGUAUACAUCAAACUAGCAAACACGGUGCGUCAUAUAAUGUUUCAUGAUGAACACUGGCACUUGCUUGUUUAAGAAUUCAGUGCUGUUAAAAAGAAUUUGCCCUGA